AUGCCGAGCAACUCGCGCAGUCGAGACCGCAGACGCGGUGUCGACCAUGGCACGGACGACGAUGAUAUCGAAUUCAAUCCUACGAUUGACCGCCGACAGUACAGACGGGAGAAGUAUUACGAAGACCGCGCAUCGCCGCGACGUUAUCACGAAGAAGAAAGCGGCGACUACGAUAGCCCCGAUACUACCAGGCGACGCGAGAGAUAUGGAUCAAAGGCGAAAGAGUCACCAGCUACGUCACCGAUUAAGAGGAGCCACCGCGACAGAGAUAGGGAUGGGCAGACGAGACGUGACCGAAGGCGUGGUCCGGGUGAUGAUGGAAGUCCCGCUCCAGGCGUGAGGGAGCGAAGACAUCGUCGUGACCGCGACGGGCACCGUCAUCGGGAUGAGGAUGAUGAAGCGCGGAGACAGCGACGCAGAGAGAGGAGGAGGGCACGAGAACGCGAGAUGGGGCACGAGCGGGAGCGUGAUCGUGAAAGGACAUCAAGAAAGCACGCUCAUGCUCACUCGAAGACUGAUUCUGGGUCCCAUUUGUUAAGUGCAGAUUCCUUGGCUAGGCUGGAGUCGCAGUAUGCCGAUGAGGAUGAGGGAGUUGGGCUUGAGACAGCGCCUGAAGAGACAGAGGCGGAAAUGGCACGUCGAGAAAAUAGGAGACGACGACGACGGCAACGGAAGGAAGCUGCUCUCUUAGGAGGCGGCGAAGGUGAAGAUGAAGAGGGUGAUAUUGAAGAGAGGACACGCGUGCUUGACGAAUUUUCGCACAGUUCGCCCAAGGUGACGGCUCGGGGCAGGGUUGUGUCAGGCCCCUUUUUGGAAGAAGGCCGAAGUGAUAACACAAGAGUCCGACAUCGUGGAGGAGGUGGUUCUGAAACGGAUCUCGGGUGGAAAGAAGGAGACUGGGACGAUGGCAGUGGCAGUGGCAGCGGGGAUGGAGAUCACAGGCCGUUUUGGAAAAAGAAAAAGUGGUGGUGGAUUGGACUAGGUGUGUUGGUCGUGCUGCUGGCUAUCAUCAUCCCCGUUGUCAUUGUUGUCUCGAAGAAGAAACAUUCUACUGCGAAAGACGGUGACGGCGAUUCUGGUUCAUCAGGCAGCACCCCUUACAAUUCGAAUUUGGAUGGCUUGGAUCCAGACAGCAUUCCGAAAUCCGCAAGGGGGACAAUAUUAGAUCCAUGGACAUGGUACGACACAACAGACUUCAAUGUCACCUACACAAACGAGACGGUUGGUGGUCUCUCAAUCAUGGGUCUCAACUCUACUUGGGAUGACUCUGCUAGACCAAAUGAGAAUGUUCCACCGUUGAAUGAAAAGUUCCCAUACGGGUCUCAGCCGAUACGGGGCGUCAACCUGGGGGGUUGGUUGUCGAUCGAGCCAUUUAUCGUGCCUUCUCUGUUCAAUCAAUACUCGGCCAGUGAUAAUGUCCUUGAUGAGUGGACACUGUCUCAAAAACUCGGUUCGUCAGCUGCCUCGACGAUAGAGAAACACUACGCAACGUUCAUCAGGGAGGAAGACUUUGCAGAUAUCCAGAAUGCCGGCCUCGACCAUGUGCGUAUACAGUACUCCUACUGGGCGGUCAAGACCUAUGAUGGCGAUCCCUACGUGGCUAAGACUUCGUGGAGGUAUCUUCUUCGAGCUAUCGAGUACUGCAGGAAGUACGGGCUUCGAGUGAAAUUAGACCUCCACGGCAUUCCGGGAAGCCAGAACGGAUGGAACCACAGCGGUCACCAGGGUCGUAUAGGUUGGUUGAAUGGUACGGACGGCGAUCUGAAUCGACAGCGGUCCUUGGAGAUCCAUGACCAACUCUCCAAGUUCUUCGCCCAGGAUCGAUACAAAAAUGUCAUCACCAUCUACGGACUGGUUAACGAACCGCUUAUGCUCGCGCUGCCCGUCGAGCCCGUUCUCAACUGGACCACACAGGUCGCGGAGCUAGUGCAAAAGAAUGGUAUCACGGCCAGGAUUGCGUUUCAUGAUGGUUUUCUCCCCUUGAACAAAUGGGAUAGCAUGCUGAAGGAUGCGCCGCCGAAUAUGAUGUUGGAUACGCACCAGUACACCAUUUUCAACACGGGUGAGAUUGUUUUGAACCAUACGGCCAAGAUCGAGUUAAUAUGUAAUGCCUGGUAUCCUAUGAUCCAGGAGAUCAACACUACGACAUCUGGAUGGGGCCCCACGAUGUGCGGCGAAUGGUCCCAAGCAGACACGGACUGCACCGAGUACCUCAACGAUGUCGGCAAAGGAACCCGCUGGGAGGGAACCCUAAGCAACACGACCCCCUACUGCCCCGUAGCAAACUCGAAAUUCGGCGGACGAUGCAGCUGUACAAACGCGAACGCCGACCCGUCCACCUACUCAGACGACUAUAAGAAAUGGCUUCUCACAUACGCGGAGGCGCAGAUGUCCGUCUUCGAAACCGCCCAGGGCUGGUUCUACUGGACCUGGCAGACAGAGUCGGCGGCGCAGUGGAGUUACAAGACUGCGUGGAAGAACGGGUUUAUGCCUGCUAAGGCUUACCGGAGGGACUUUAAGUGUGGGGAUCCUGUUCCUGAUUUUGGGUCUCUGCCUGAGUAUUAUUGAUGUUUUGGGGAUCUACGAGUGAUGAACCAUGCAUAUAUGUAUGCAUAUGUUUGAA